AUGUUAAAAACCAAGAUUUUAAAGGGAAAUCCAAAGCCAACGAUUGAAUGGUAUUUCAAAGCUAAAAAUAAGGAUACAUUUUAUCCGAUAAAAGAAUCUAAAGAAGACGUACAUAUUGACAAGGUAACAGCCAACGUGGUUGGGACCUACAAGUGUAUUGCGAAUAAUGAAAUCGAUAAAGACUCUCAUAUUGUAGACUUAGUUAUGGAAUAUUCUCCUGUUAUCCUAGGUAAAAAACACCUUGAUAUCAUUAAACAAAUUGGGAAACCAGUUAAAAUACCCUGCGAAAUCCAAGGAGAACCAGCUCCAGAAAUCCAUUGGUCAAUAAAUGGAGUAGGGGUCGAGGAUACCGAACCUUACAAAAUAUAUAGAGAUCACACUUUAACUUUUAAAACUUCUAUAGAAACAAUGGGAAAGUAUUCUUGUGAAGGUGUGAAUAAAUUAGGAACAAUUAAAAAGACUGCAAACGUAAGCGUUUUUGAACCGGUUAGUUUUGGUGUACCCAAGGAAUUAAUGAUUAAAAUUAGGGUAGGACGCACAUUAGAUAUAUCAUGCCCAGUAAAGGGAUACCCGACACCAAAGGUACGAUGGGAAUUUUAUUCAAUCGAUGGCACAAUACGAAGAACUCUUAGUGAAAAAGCCCAGUUAAUAAUUUCAGCGAUUCAGGCAAGUGAACAUGGAUAUUAUGUUUGUGUUGCGAUUAAUCCUGAUGGCGAAGAGAAGUCUCUUAGAUACGUCGUCAAUGUAGAAGUGCCACCUUCUAUCAUACCAGAAGAAAAAAAUAUUGUAGCUGUUGUAGGUGACAUAGGUAUAAGGAUACCGUGUAAUAACUAUGGAGAUCCAAAGCCAACAAUAUCAUGGAUAUAUCAGGGCCAGCCCUUAGCUACAGGAAAUGAAUACUAUGAUAUGGAAUCAGAUGGAACAUUGGUUAUUAAGAAUGUCAAAGGAUCGGUAGCAGGAAUGUACGCUUGUGUUGCCGAAAGCGACCUCGGCAAAGUAUUUGAAAAUUUUAAUGUAAAAAUUGAAGCAUUUCCACGUAAAAGUACUAUUGUGAGUGAAAAAUAUUUAGAAGUAAGUCAAUCGGCAGUGGUACAAUGUAAUGUACCACACUCCGCUACAGAUCAAAUAAGGUGGUACAAGGGAAGAAAUGUGGUUGCAUAUGGUGAUUUAAUAUUCAAUAAAUACAAAUCCUCUCGCAGUGGACUCUAUAAAUGCCGUGUAAGCAAUUAUUUCAAAUCUGUCACCGGCGCCAUGCGAAUUAAAACAGGAUUUAAACCACGUUUUGCAUAUCCGACUAUCCAACAUGAUUUUAUGUUUUAUGAGCCCAAUCUCUGUUUAAAUUGUGGGAACAGUGCAAACCCAAAGGCGAAGAUUUCAUGGUGGAAAAAUAAAAUGAAAAUAGUUUAUUCUACUGACACUUAUUGUUGCAAAAAUGUAGUAAGCAGCAUAGGAGAAUACGAAUGUGUUGUUGAAAAUGAUUUGGGAAAAAUAAGUCAGAAAUUUUAUGUGAAAGGAAAUGAUUGCUUGAUAGAUAUAAAAGAAGAAUUUGAUAGACAUCAUCCACUUGUACUAAACCAAUACAACAAACUUUCCGAUUUUUCCAUUAUUGAUGGACAUUUAGCUAUACCUAUUGGUCACAGCGCCCAAUUUUUCUGCCAAGGAAGCUUUAAUAAGUUUCCUGAUUCGUCAUUAAAAGCAGAAUGCGUGGAAAGUAAAAUUUUUAAAAUAAACGGAGAACAGGUGGAUUUUUCUAAAUUGAAAUGUAAAGAAGCUUUGCAACCGGUUACAAUUAAUAAAAAAGAAGAUUGUGCCAACGGUAACGGAGAAAUUUUCAGAAUUGGUAUAAAUGUGAAUGAAUUUUUGGAAGUGUAUCAUAUAUGUUUUCACAGAAAACUUAAAAUUCCUUUGUACGCCGAGUACAAUUUAAAGGCUUCAGCGGCAGGUGUAAACUGUGCAUCACCAGAAAAGUGGUUCAACAGUGAUGUGUUAAAUUACAACAAAGAUGAAAUGUAUGAUUGCAAGCAACAAAGAAAUUAUCUAACUGCAAUAAUAGGUCGAGAUUUACCUGGCAAAGAAGAUGAAUGUUUUGGUUCCAGACAACUAGUAAACGAGAAAGAUUUACCAGCCGGUUUUCCACAAAUGUUGACUCACAGCUAUCUUAACAUUAUUCCACAAUGGAAUUCUGAUAGUAUGAAGAAUUGGGAUAUUUUAGAAGAAAUACUUAGAACACAAGUAAAGAAAAGGCACAGAUCAUUUACUAGAUCAAAUGUAUUUAUAAGAACGGGAGUAUCUCAAAAUUUUCGUCUCCCUAUAGGAAAGUCAAAAAGCCGGUCUGAUAUUUACAUUAAAGAUAAAGCUGGAAAUAAGUUUAUACUGCCGGUGUUUUUAUGGAAGGUCAUUACAGAUGAAUUAAGCGCCGCGACUGUCGUUAUCAUCCAAGUCAUAAUACCAGGAUCAUUACGAGGUGAUGAUAUAAAGAAUUAUGAGAUCUGUACCAAUCAAUGUGAUAAGAUACAAUGGUUAGACGGAAUCGACGCUGAAUACUUAAAAAGUGGCUACAUGCUCUGUUGUAGUAUUACCGAUUUUGAAAAGGCAUUUCCUUAUCGUGUGUCAUUCAGUAUGGGUUAUAAAAAAUUUUUAAGCAUAUUUAGUAGAUAG